UUAUUCUCAAUAUAAUCUCGAGCAAAGUUAGGAUAAUUUUACGCCUUGAUUUGCUUGCUUACGCAACUUACGCAACUUCAACUUCGCGCUGUGAAAACGCGCUCCGCGAUAAUCAGCUGCUUUCAGAACACACCCAAACAAUUUAUCGAACAUAACCUAAAAAAAUGGGCAUAGCUUUCGUAUUUCGCUUCUCAUGCCGCUCGUUUGCGAUGGAUUUCGGAUUUGUUGUCUUAUUCCCCAAUGAAUAAUGGCAGUUAGAAGUAUUGCACAUAUUUACAUGUCAAGGCGCUAAUUUGCUACAAAUUUAUUCAAGAAGCAUAUAGGUACAAAGACGGACAUCAUUAUCAGGAUAAUCUGUUUAUCUAACGAUAACAGUAACAUAAUACUCUUCGAAAAUGGUAGACAUAAAGGGCAAUUCUGUUAUCGAAGAGAACGAUCCGUACUAUCAAUCGAGGGUAAGGGCCGACAGUUAUAGUCCAGGAUCCUCGAGCCCUUCCUCAUCCUCGGACUAUGUAACGGGAGACGCGGAUAGUUCGGAUAGUAGAGGAACAAUUCCCCAGAGCUUGAAGUCUGUGGAAAUCAUGCUCUCGAUGUCGCAGGAGACCACUGAAGUGGAACUUCAGGAUAUGGUGAAUAGGUGCAAAACCAUGGUGCUGGAGAGCGCCGAGUGUUCGGACGAGCGUAAAUGGCUCGUUCGGCGAUUGAUUGAGUUGCGUUUACGCGUGCAGCAGAUGCGAGAGGCCUCGGACCAGAAGCUGUUGGAGACCCAGUUGAUAAUGGGCCAUCACUUCGUGCCGCAGAAGUACUACAUUAUUAAGACCGGUUCUGUUUACUGCGAUCAGUGCAGCGGAACGAUUUGGACGAUGUUGCAGUCGUGGUACAAGUGCAAUGAUUGCAAGUUUUGCUGCCACUGGAAGUGUCUCGCGAACGUGUGCCGCGUGUGCGUGCACGUAAUCGCCAGCGAGGCCGGCGGUUACACCCACACGAUGGAUAUCUGCCCCGAGCAAGGCCUCUCGAAACAGAAUUACCGUUGCGCCGAAUGUAGAGUACGGAUAACGUUCACUUUGUCAGGCGAAAUAUCACUGUCUUGCUUCGGUAAACCUAAGAACACAGAGUCGGCGUGGAUAGAACCGCGACUCUGCGACUACGAUGGGUUGUACUACUGUCAGAAAUGCCAUUGGAACACAGCCACGGUCAUCCCCGCGAGAGUGAUCAGAAACUGGGAUAUGGAGCCGCGUCUGGUGUCCCGCGUUUCGGCACAAUUUCUAACGCUCCUGGAGAAUCGUUCUGUAUUACCGUUGGAAAAAUUGAAUCCAAAGCUGUUUACCCUGGUCCCGGAUUUGGCGCUUGUAAAGCGGAUGCGAGAGGAAAUGCAGAUGAUGAAGAAAUAUUUAGUUCUGUGCACGGAAGCCGCCGUCCAGGGGUUACCGUGGAAAACCAGUCUGCGUUCGCACAUGGUCGAAAAUUCCAGUAAUUAUUCCGUUAAGGACCUUGUUGAUCUUCAGAAUGGCGUCCUCCUGGAUGAGCUUCGUAUCACGUACGACGCAAUGCAGACGCACAUCAUGCAGCAGUGCGAGCUCUGUAAAGCAAGGGGACACUUGUGCGAGAUAUGUGGCAACGACGACGUCAUCUUUCCGUGGGACGCGAGCUCGAUCAUUUGUCAGCAAUGUUCAGCAGUGCAUCAUCGCGUUUGUUGGUCUAAGCACAAUCAUUGUUGCCCACGGUGUCCGCGUCUACAGAAACGCCUUGCUCUGAAGGAGCAGGCAGCGGAGGAUAUAACGACGAUAGCGGAGAAUGUUGCGAAGGACUCUUAAACGCAGGCAUAUACAAUAUAAAAUAUAAUAUUAUCCGCAUAUAAUCGUACGACGAUCUAUACUUUAUACCUGUUAUUUUUCUUAAAGUGGAUCAAAGCGGUUUCGAAACGUCACUUUUUAUACGCUAAUCGAAAUACCUCAACAAACGUGUAGUACAGAAUUGUAUAUAUAUAUAAUCGCGCGAAUUCUUUUUUAUAUUAUUAUUAUAUCAUGCGAUUCCGUAAUGCGCGCGGUGCUAAUAAUCAUUGAUAUCACAAAUGUACAGACAUAACAAGACCCGCUAUAUAUCUUUUGAUAAUGACGCAAAUGACGUGUGUAAAAGCGUAUUCGAAGAUGUGUAUUUUGUGUACGCAAAUGGUACGGCCGUUGCUUAAACGCAGCGGAAUAGCAAUCAAUUAUGACGCCGUUUACUUUCGUUUACUCCAUCCCGCGCAAGAUCGCCGAUGAUAAAUUAUCUCGCAAUUGUGCAUAAGCGCGCAAAUCCAUUGAUAGCUGCAAUGAUCUGUACAAACAGGAAAGCAAAACAAAGUUAUAUCACACAUGC